GCGGCGCUUCGCAGUCGAGUAUCGAGUGGUGAAGGACCGCAGGAGACAUAUUGUGUUUCAAGAAGCUGAUGCGAGCAACGCAAAUGUGCGGUGGAAACACUGUCGAGACAGCGAAACCACAAUGAUCAUAACAGGGGCACAGUUCGACUGCGAUGUUGCUCACUGAAGGCGUACGUCCUAGAACGGGUGUGAACGCAAGACAUACAUAAAUCGGCACAGUAUCGAGAAUGCACAAACAGAGGCUCAUAAGAGUAAAUCAAUCUCAUCAGAGCACCCCGAGGCACUUUCUAGAGGCCAGAAGAAGGUCACACCAAUACCUCCGAUAUGCCUGCGAGAAACGACGAAGGCCAUGGCAUACGUCAUCCGCAAAACCCGAAAACACGCAACCCAACUACCCUAAGCCGCUUUCUCGGAAACGACGACGACGCCGUUUGGUUACUCCAAAGUCAGAAGACGAACGAGAUGCAACGGCGGAAACGCAUCUCAGACAUCUUGCUGGAAGUGGAACGGUUCGACCCAACUAUGGAGAAAGAGAGGAACAGCAAUUAACGAUCGCGUUCCAGCGGUUUAUCUUGGGAAUAUCGGCGUUCACGUUGUUGACAUGGAUUAUACAAUACUCCUGGAAGGACUGCUGGCCUGCCGAUCAGUCUCGCGCCUUGUUGAGCUCACGUAUGCUAUGGUGAAGUUACAUUUGCCGUAGUUCCCUAAAUGGUUAGCGUGUGGCAGUUUCGAGACACCACCCCGGCCCAGCAGUCAACCUCCAACUCUUUAUACCUCGAUGCAUUA